AAAAGAAAAAACAGUAACCAAUGCCUUAGAGAAGCGAUUGACGGUUUGGGUGUUCCAUCAGAAUCGGAGGGGAGGGGAGGGGAGGCGCCAAGUUUGAUCCUUUCAGAGAAACUCUAUUUUCCAAUCACAAUCAACAUGAAAGGCCGAAGCGCUUAUGUUCCACCUCCUUACAUACCCUUGGGACAAUCGGACCAAGAGCUUCCUCCUCCUGCUGGGGAUGGACCUGCUUCGCCGCCGCAGUCGCAAUCGCAAUCGCAAUCUCAGCCUCUUCAGUGGUCUUCCGGAAUCUGUGCUUGUUGCGAUGACAUGCAGAGCUGUUGUAUAGGUCUUUUCUUUCCCUGCUUUUUGUUCGGAAAGAAUGCACAAUUUAUGGGUUCCGGUACUUUAGUAGGAUCCUGCAUCACCCAUUUCAUUCUUUGGGCUUUUGCCAACACUCUCUGCUGCAUGUUAACUCAAGGCCUUUUCUUGGGCUUACCUGGAUGCUUUCUCUCUUGUUAUGCUUGUGGCUACCGGAGGGCGCUUCGGGCGAGAUACAAUUUGCAGGAAGCACCUUGUGGGGACUUGGCUACUCACUUUUUCUGCCAUCUAUGCGCCAUUUGUCAAGAGUAUAGGGAGAUUCGUGAGAGGGCAGGGGAUUGUGAACCCCCUGAUCUUAAGCUGGCUGUGGUCACUGCACCAGCUGUCCAGACAAUGGAAUCAUCAGGUCUUUAGAAAUAAAAUGCUAUUGAUAUGAUGUAGUUUUCUGUCCUGCACCUGUGUUCAGGGUUGUACUUGUCUAUCUCUUUUGACCAAAGCUGAGCUGCGAGGAUAUGUAUUAACAUUUGGUUCAAAGACUAUGAUGAGGGAAGUUUUUAUUAUGAUUUUUUUUAAUUUUA